GAGAGUUUCAGCGCAUCAACAAGAAAAGAAAACUUAAAGACUAUGUAUUUUAAAAGCUGAAACGCGGGCUCGCACCGAUUCGAUGAUUUGGGAAGCUCGCGCAGGAACUUUUUCUUCCUGACAGGAAUCUGAGCGCGCGGCUUUCUGCGGACGCAGUGAAAUGAAUCAAAUUCUAUUGUGAUGUAAAAAUGAAGUCGGAAGCGAGCAAGGGCUGACAAACGGAGUUUAAAAGUGAGACCACUGCCCGGAGAAGUAGUACACGAAAUCAGAUUUGACUGCUUAUUUUCAAAUGUAAAUUUUUUGAAAGGCUGGAAAAGUUGUGGUGUCGUUCCUUGAAUCUGACUGGCAGGUAAGGGAUGUAAGGUAGGUGCUAGAAACAAGAAUCGGGAUUGUUAAAUUAUCCCCAAUGAAGUAAUUCGAGGAAAUGACCCAUCAAGUUUUGACUGAGAAGAAACAUCCUUGGACGGAGUUUAUUGGUUGACUGAGUUAUUAAGGGGCGACCUCGUCCAUUCUUUUCCCCCAACAUUCCAGCGAUGGAUAAUAGUUUUCCAGGCAGCAACAGUGCCGUGAUCCAAAAGGGAAAGUUCGUGUUCGUCGAGGCUCAGUUGCAGGGUGGAGCGCCCUGGGGUUUCACGCUCAAAGGUGGGCUUGAACACGACGAGCCGUUAAUCAUAUCGAAGGUAGAGGAGGGCGGGAAGGCGUCUCUGUUGCAGCACCCCCUGCAGGUGGGAGACGAGGUGGUCAUCAUUAAUGAGGUGGAGUUGAGCGGAUGGAGGCAGGAGGCCAUAUCUCUCAUUAAAGGAUCGUACAAAACGCUGCGGCUCACGGUGCGAAGAGAGUGUUGUCCAGGUCCUUGCUGUUCUGACCCGCGUCCUCUCAGUCCUUCCAGAGACGGCAGAUGCAGCGGAGGAGUGAAACUACGCAUCAGAAACAGACGGAGUGAGCCUGGAUCUCGACCUCAUUCCUGGCAUUCUACGAAGCUGGGUGAGGUCCCUCAGGACUCAGACAGCAUGAUGCAAGUCACCCAGGGUGGUGUGGGAGCCCCCUGGCACCAGAGCUACCACUCCAGUGCCUCAAGCACAGACCUAUCAGGAUUUGAGUCAGGAUUCCUUAGGAAGAGCCCAGAUCAGUACAGUUCCCGGGGCAGCAUGGAGAGCCUAGACCACACUCACCCAGCCUACAGCUCCUGCUAUCAACUAUCAUCAUCCAAAUCCUCCAGCAGCAUUGAUCAUCUGCACAGCAAGCGGGAUUCUGCAUACAGUUCCUUCUCGACCAGCUCCAGUAUCCCAGAGUACCUUGCGGCGGCACCAUCGUUUAACAAAGAGAGGUCAUAUUCCAUGGAGAACGUUCCACAGAGAGAAGGGGUGCAGCAAGCUGAUAUACGCUACAUACGCACUGUGUAUGACCCCCAACAGGGUGUGUCUGAAGAGCAUGAGAUCAGCUCUGCAGCCAUUAUGAGAUCCAGUGACAGCAGAGCACAGUCUAGAAGUGGGAAUGUCUCAGGCCAGAUCUGUCACCGUGGCAGCAGUAGUAGUGGAAGCAGUGGGAGUAGUGGAAGCACCUCCAGCUCACAACGCCACAGUGUUGGGCCAGUCUGGAAUCCAGCACACAACCGGCAUUCCUAUGAGAACCUAAAGGGGGUGCCAGCACCUCCAUUACGCAGUGACAGCUAUGCAGCAUUUCGCAAUCAUGAGCGUCCCAACUCUUGGUCGAGUCUUGAACAUGCUCGGUCACAGCGGGCACUUCACAAGGGUUCCUGGCAUCACUCAAGUGGUUCUGUGGCAACAGGAAAGUCCUCGUUUGGGGCUGAAGGUCAGUUGCACACAGUCAUAGAAAAGAGCCCCGAAAGUAGCCCCACUACCAAACCCAAACAGGGUUUUCCUCAGGCCGCACAACCCGGUCAGCUCAUGUUACCCACUGGCAUCUACCCUGUUCCACCUCCUGAGCCUCAUUUUGCACAAAUUCCAACCAGCAACCCUAGCUCUGAUAGUGUCUACCCAGCACUGGCCAAGGAGAGCAAGCACAACCAUCACUGUGACCACUUAGGUGGACCAGUGAAAGAGGACAGGGUGACCAUUGAAAAUGGAUACCAAAGCAAUGCUCCUAGCUCAAAUCCUGUCCAAACCCAUGUUUCGCCACAACCAAAGCUCUCCGAUAGAGUGCAAGAUGACACUCAAGUCAAACCUGGUUUUUAUCGGCCUCAAUUGCAACCACAAAUGCAGAAGUCACAAACACCAUAUGUACCUCAGGAGAGGAGGGACCCUUACACCCCGGUGCAACCAAGAGGAGAGAGACCAAGGUUCUCACUUGGUAUGGAGGAUUACGACAAGUACAGGCCACCUCAAGAUGAAGAACUAAAUAAAUGCAACGAGCAAAGCAUCCAUCCAGACCCAGGAUACACUGGGAAAAUUUCACAGGGACAAGUUGCUCAAACAUACAGAGGAAACUUCAUUCAAACUCAAGGAAGUGACCACAUAGUCAAACCUUCAAGGUACUACAGUGACUCUAGUGCUCUCCAGCAGAAAGCGCAAGACCUGGAUCAUCCCCUAACCAGACUGGAGAAUGCACUUGCUGAGGUUCAACGAUGUGCCAGUCCCGAGAGUACAACUAGUUUCCAAAGUGAGCGUAGCAUGUCCGUGCUGGAGAAAGUAAGUCAUUUUGAGAGACAGCAAGGCAAACCUCGCAGUCAGUGCAGCCUCUCCCACCAUGGUUCUACGGCUCGUCCGAGCCAAAUGCCAAGACCUUCCAGUGCCAAGAGCUCCUUCUCUGGUGUAGAGGAUGUGCGCAACAUGUUGGAGAGCAGCAACAGCUCGGUCCCUCAUGGGAGAACUCAAAGUGCUUCUAGCAUGGCAAGUUAUGAUGGACACAUGGAUGUGCAUCAGGAUUUCCUAACAAGACGUGGAAGUAGUGAUCAUGUCCAACAUCGCCAGCAACAAGAGCCUGUCGUUACCCACAAGACCUGUCUUCAAAGAAGUAAGAGCACCUUUCAGCUUGGUGAGGGGAAUGGAAAAGACAUCCAUGGGAAAGGUGACAUUCAUGACAUCUUGGGCACCAUCCAAGACACAUCUUUUAACAGAGCAUAUAGAGACAGCAUUAAAGAUGCCCAGUCUAAAGUUCUGAGGUCAACUUCCUUCAGAAGACGUGACCUUAGUGUUAACCCUCCACCAGUGCCAGCUAAACACAUGUCUCUAGAACGAAAAGGAACCAGUACAAGUCCCACACCAGCUACAACAUCCCCACACACUCCAAAGGAACGCCAUGUUGUUCCUGUUGAAGCACCAAGCAGAGCCCCUCCUCCUGAGCUCCCCAGUGUCCCAGCUGUUGGACCCCCAGUUAUGCGGAUCUGUGGACGCAAACGAUUCACAAUGGUGCAAAAGAAACGAUCGUAUUCUGAGCCUGAAAACAUGCAUGAAGUUGGAGUGUUGACUCAGGAAACCAAUCAGGCUGACAGGAAGGUUCAACAGCAGUUUCUGUCUAGUGAGAUGAGUGUUGCGGACAGACGCAGGAUGUUCGAGCAGGUGGCGAAUCGUAACGCUGACCCUAGAUUUUUCUCCUACAGGCCUGAUUUGAAGCAAAUGCAACAAGAUGCACUUGUUGAGUAUAUGGAGCGCAAAACAGGUAGAAGAGUAGACGGACAUUCAAAUCGCCCACAUAGCGCUUAUCUACAGUCUGCUUCUUCCUCUUCUGCUGACUUGCGAAACCUAAUCUCCACCCUAAGUAUGUGCUCUUUGCAAGAGCCAGCAUACGAUGGCCUCACUGGUGGUAUACGUAAAGCCUCCACCCUUCCAGUAGGAAUGCAAAGCCCCUUUUACCCCCCUAGGGGCAGCCCAAACCACACACAGCCUGAGGUUUUUGGCCAGCAGUCACAAGGCACAAAUCCUGAAUCGCACAAAUCAGGCCCAGUCCUGACCAGACAUAACCUUCCACAGCACUUGAAAGCCGCUUUUGAGAGAGCCACCUCUGCCAGAAGCUCAGGGAGGUCAGCUUCAGCUGAGGAUUUGCUGGACCGUAGUGAAGAACGUCCCGUUCCUCAGCACUUCCGCUCCAAGUCAUCUCCAGUGGAGAACUUUAGUCAGGACUUCUUGGUCAGAGACCUUCAGCUGUUGAGAGUUUCCUCCAAGGAAUCCUCUGAAAACAGGGUGUUGGCGAACACAGGACAGAAACAGCCAUCAUGUUCAGCACGUACGGAGAGGAGUUACCAGCUAAACCUGGGUCUUGUCCAGCAAGACGCACCUGUGUUGAGGCGCGAGCGUCAGAGACAUUCAGACCGGCCGAGAGCGCAGAGUGCUUCUGGUCUGGCUGCGUCUGUGGGACUCCCUUGCCCUUUCACCUCUCCAGGCACUGCCGCCAGCCUUGACUGGCAUAACGGAGACAGACUGUGUCAGCCCAACCUGGAUUCUAUUGCAUUUCCCGAAACUGGUCCACAAAGUCCGUCCGGAGCACCGGGAAUGGUGCGGCAAAACUCCAGCGACACCAGCACUUCUGAAGACACUCUGAAGGACUUCCCGUGUCCGGUGGCCACUCAGUCACCUCCACACCCAGAGGUCACGGGCCCACAACUUGAUUCAAGGCUGCAAAUCCUUCCCAAGAGCCUGGUUUCCCCAACAAAGCCUCUUCUUUCUCUUCGGAUCUCAGAAUCUAACCUUCAAGAUGUUCAGAGUAUAGCUGUGUCGCAAGAUGAUGAUGAAGUGUUUUUAGCACCUCCGCCACCAUCUCCUCCUCCACCACCACCGGCACCACUGCCCAUCAGAGAGACGGAGAUUAUACGGGACUUCCCGCCUCCUCCACCUCUCACACCCCCAGUCGAGGAGAACGUGGAAGUGUCUUUACUGCAUCCGGGACCAUUACGGCCCAUCAGCAAUUGUGAGAAUCUGACUGACGCAACAGCCCAUCUAGAGGGUGAGCUCCUGACUCCAUCAGUGAGCCCUGACAACACCAGCGCUGCCUCUCAACCCCAGUCGCCCGUCAGCGCUCCUCCAGAGCAGGACGCCUCUGAGAUCCUGGGAGCCGACUACCAUCUGCUGUCCAGACGAGAGCGGACACAAGCCGAGCUGCUCGUGGAGACUUUAGCCCGAGAGCUGGUGAGCCACGACAAAUCCCUCACCUCGCUCCUGGACACCUGGGCAGGUAAAACCACCCUGGAUCUGAUGGAGGACAUCUUCCCUUCACACAGGACGAUCAGUGGCGGCAGCCGUUUGAGUGACCGGGCUCAAGAUGGUCCAGAUACUCCCUCUCAGGCUGUUCCAAGAAAAAUGGAAACCAACUUGGACGACGAAGACGCUUACUUGAAUCAGAAGAAGGUGGAGCUGUUGCAGGCGCUGCAGGUGAGCAUGCGUUCACUGCAGGGGGAGAGAGAGGGGCUGUCGGAGCAGCAGAAGCGCUUCACGGCUCUAGGCGAGAGCAUGGAGGCUUUAGUUCAGGAGCGCUGCAAACCCAACGAGAGAGAGAAGUACCGCAUGUUCGUCGGAGACCUGGAGAAGAUCGUCAACCUGCUGCUGUCGCUGAGCGCUCGACUCGCCCGCGUGGAAAACGCUCUCAACGGGCUGAGCGACGACCACACUGCAGAAGAGAGGGAAUCGCUGCAGCUGAAGAGGAAGCAGUUGUGCAGUCAACAGGAAGACGCUCGCGAGCUGAAGGAAAACCUGGACCGGCGCGAGCGAGUGGUUCUGGACAUUCUGGCGAGUUACCUGAGCGGCCCACAGCUGCGCGACUACCAGCGUUACAUCCGCAUCAAACCCGCCCUUCUGAUUCGCCAGCGCCACCUGGACGAGCUCAUACGGCAGGGGGAGGAGCAAGUGCAGAGGCUGGAUGAGACCCUCCCCCCUGAGUCCCGCCCAAAGAACACUGACCCCGCCCCCCAAACGCCACAUUGUUUUAACUCCACCCACUUGCCACGUCCCACCACUGUGACCUCACUCUGACUCCGCCCAUCAUAGAAUGACGUCGCUUACAGCUGAGGACGAAUCAGAAUCAGUGACACUGACUAUAAGCAAUGCACACUGAGAAGUGCCUUAAAUGAAGGAAAUGACUUUUUCCGACUUUUUAAAGUAUGGAAGACCAUAACUGUGGUUUAUCUACACUAAACAAAUGCACAGCACAUUUACACUACAUACUUAGCAUAUAGCACAACACUGAAGCACAAGGCACAAUGCUAAUUCAAUGGCACAAAAUGCCUCAUUGUGAUUGGCCGAAACACGAAUAAUUUCCAGCCCUGAGCACUUUGGAACACAUGAACCACUAUGACGUCACAAAGACAAGAAACUAUUGAACACACGAACACUUUCUGUCUAUCUGAAAUUCCUGCCGUCGAUAAAAGCGACAGCUGAUUAUUUAUGAUUUUACGUUGUUUAGAAACUAUUUUGUACUCUGUACGUUGCUGUACAUACUCAAUCCCCUCGUGAUUUUAAAAUGUAGAUGUUAAAAAGCAGAAUAGAAAUUGUAUUUUUGUAAGCAAAUGACUUGCGAGGGGUUUUUGGGCGGCUUUAACAGGUGCUAUUUUAUCUAAAUCAGAGACGAUGCUUCCUCGGCACUUGAACACAAUAUCAGUACUUGGUUUCAGUAGCAAACAUUCUGUUAAAACUGAAUAUUAUUCACAACUUGGCCGAAUGCAGGGUUUUUUCUACAUUUUGGUUUGAUCACAAUGCACAUGCCCAAACUAUUUUGCCAUUUUAUUUUAUUUUAAUUUGUGGCUGUUUUUUAUUUGAAGAACAUCUUUAUUUGCGAAAUAUCUAACCCUUGUACAUCUGUAUGAAAAGGCCGCGAUAGCAGCUCAUAAUGGAAGCGUUCUUGUUCUGUUCUUGUAUGAGGCAAAACUGUUGUUGUCAUCUGAGACACAUGCAAUAGUUUUUUUGAUGGGGCUAAUCUGAAGAAACGGUUCAGCCAUGCUUUACACUGUUUAAAAGCAAAAAGAGCACAAUUGGAAGCAAAAUAAAUCUAUUUUUUAA